AUGGUGACCCCGGGAAGUAGCCGGGGCGGCGUCGCCGCGCCCGGGAGCCCGCGCGUCUCUUCUGCCUCGACCGCUUUCGCGGCGCUCCGGCGCAGGUGGCGGUGGCCGCCCCCGGGUGCGUCGACGCUGGAGCGCGCGGCCCGCGCGUUCCUUCUGGCCUGCGCGGCGCUCGUGCUCGCCUGCGCGCUCUACCUCUGCGUGUUCCGCUACGUCGGCCGGGAAGGUCGCGCCUUCGCGGCCGCGGGCUUCGUCGGGGACGCCGGUUUGGGCCUGGGCCUUGGCGGCGAGCCGUGCGACGUGUUCGACGGCGCCUGGGUGCCCGACGACACCGGCCGACACCCGCUCUACAAUAGCUCCGAGUGCCCGUUCGCGGAGCGCGGGUUCAACUGCCUCGCCAACGGGCGGAACGACACUGGCUACCUCAAGUGGCGGUGGAAGCCGCGCCGGUGCGACGUGCCGCGGUUUGCGGCCCGCACCGCGCUGGAGCGGCUGCGCGGGAAGCGGGUGAUGUUCGUGGGGGAUUCCAUGAGCCGCACGCAGUGGGAAUCCUUCAUCUGCAUGCUCAUGGCCGGCGUGGAUGACCCCAGGACUGUCUUUGAGGUGAACGGGAACAAGAUCACCAAGACGAUACGGCACCUGGCGGUCAGGUUCGCGUCUCACGGCCUCACCGUGGAGUUCUUCCGGUCCGUGUUCCUCGUGCAGAAGCAUCCUGCCCCGCGGCAUGCCCCCAAGAGGGUCAAAUCCACAUUGAGGCUGGACAUGAUGGAUAAUUUCAGCUGGAAAUGGGUGAAUUCGGACGUACUGAUUUUCAACACUGGGCAAUGGUGGACGCCCACCAAAUUGUUUAAUACGGGUUGCUAUUUUCAGGCCGGACGUUCUCUUAAAUUAGGUACAUCCAUCGAUGCUGGUUUCAGGAUGGCACUGGAGACCUGGGCCUCAUGGGUACAAAAAAGAGUUGAUUUAAACCGAACACAUGUCUUCUUUCGCACAUAUGAGCCAUCUCAUUGGGGGGACACAAGAGAAAAGGUGUGUGAGGUAACAGAGCAUCCUUCAUCAGAGGCCAAAGGAAAUGAUAAGAGUGAAUUUGGGGCUAUACUUGCUGAUGUUGUAACCAACAUGAAAGUUCCUAUCACAGUACUAAAUGUAACUUUAAUGGGAGCAUAUCGAAGUGAUGCACAUGUUGGCACUUGGAGUUAUCCUCCGACUAUACCUGAUUGCAGCCACUGGUGUCUUCCUGGAGCCCCCGAUGCUUGGAAUGAACUCGUGUUUUCGUACCUUUUGACAAAUGUUAUGAAUUUCCAGGACUAA